AUGGAGCCGCGGGUUGGGAACAAGUUUCGGCUGGGCCGCAAGAUCGGCAGCGGCUCCUUCGGGGAGAUCUACCUCGGUGCGGGGACUAAUAUCCAGACCAACGAGGAGGUCGCGAUUAAGCUGGAAAAUGUGAAGACAAAACAUCCUCAGCUGCUCUACGAAUCAAAGAUUUACAGGAUUUUGCAAGGAGGAACUGGAAUCCCAAAUGUCAGGUGGUUUGGUGUAGAAGGAGACUACAACGUCUUGGUUAUGGAUUUGCUGGGGCCAAGUCUGGAGGAUCUAUUUAAUUUUUGCAGCAGAAAAUUAUCUCUCAAGACUGUACUUAUGCUUGCCGAUCAGAUGAUAAAUCGAGUGGAAUUCGUCCACUCCAAGUCAUUUCUGCAUCGAGACAUUAAGCCAGAUAAUUUUCUCAUGGGUCUUGGCAGGCGGGCUAAUCAGGUCUAUGUUAUAGAUUUUGGCCUUGCCAAAAAGUAUAGGGAUACCUCGACUCAUCAGCACAUCCCAUACAGAGAGAACAAAAACUUGACUGGGACAGCAAGAUAUGCAAGCGUGAACACUCAUCUUGGCAUUGAACAAAGUCGAAGAGAUGACUUGGAAUCUCUUGGAUAUGUACUUAUGUACUUCCUACGGGGAAGCCUUCCUUGGCAAGGUCUGAAAGCAGGAACGAAGAAGCAAAAGUAUGAGAAGAUCAGUGAGAAAAAAGUUGCAACAUCAAUUGAGGCUCUGUGUCGUGGGUAUCCUACUGAGUUCACAUCAUAUUUCCAUUAUUGCCGCUCGCUUCGGUUUGAUGACAAGCCUGAUUAUUCCUACCUUAAGCGACUGUUCCGUGACCUCUUUAUCCGUGAAGGUUUUCAGUUUGACUAUGUAUUUGACUGGACAAUACUGAAGUACCAACAAUCUCAAAUUGCUAGUGCCCCGCCUCGUGUUGCGGGCCAUGGUGCAGGACCUUCUGGGUUGACACCACCUGUAUUGCAGAAUGAUAGUCAAUCUGGUGCCGUUGAAGGGAGGAUUAGUGGUUGGUCAGCAAUGGACCGACGUCGUGCCCCACCCCCCAUUGCAAGCGUGGGGACUUCAAAUAAGCAGAAAGCCCCUGUAGGAAAUGAUGCUCCUAUUUCUAAAGACCCUGCGAUAUCCGGCUCGAAUUUUUUGGGGCGUUCAAGUGGAUCAUCAAGGAGAGCUGCUGUUUCAAGUAGCCGGGAUGCUGUGGCAAGUGACACUUUUGAGCCUUCACGAUCACGUACGACUGAUGCAAGCCCUGGUGCAUUCCGUAGAACCUCAGGUGCUCAGAGAAGCCCACCGGUUGAUUCUGCAGAACCACAGCGUUCCUCUUCGGCUCGGCAUUCAUCUAACCCGAAGAACUACGAGUCUGCCCUCAAAGGUAUUGAAGGUCUUAAUUUCGAUGGCGAUGAGAGGGCUCAGUACUAG